AUGGACGGCUGUGGCCGGACGGAAGAGGAGCUGUUCUCCUCGUGCCUCCUGAACCUCACCUGGGAGACGUGCUACGAGCAGUGUGCUGCCUUGGUUGGUGAAGACCAGCCCCUCUGUCCAGACCUACCUGAACUUGACCUCUCGGAGCUGGAUGUCAGUGACUUAGACGCAGACAGCUUCCUGGGUGGCCUCAAAUGGUACAGUGACCAAUCAGAGAUCAUUUCCACGCAGUAUGGGAAUGAAGCGUCCAAUCUUUUUGAGAAGAUAGAUGAAGAAAAUGAGGCCAACUUGCUGGCAGUGCUUACAGAGACCCUGGACAGCAUCCCGGUGGAUGAGGACGGAUUGCCUUCGUUUGAGGCCCUGGCAGAUGGGGACGUGACCAAUGCCAGUGACCAGAGCUGUCCCUCUUCUCCUGACGGCUCACCACGCACCCCAGAGCCUGAGGAGCCUUCCUUGCUGAAGAAGCUCCUUCUGGCGCCCGCAAACUCCCAGCUCAGCUAUAAUCAAUACACAGGUGGCAAGGCACAGAACCAUGCAGCCAGCAGCAACCACCGGAUCAGACCACCACCUGCCGUCGUCAAGACGGAGAGCCCCUGGAAUGGCAAAUCAAGAGGGGGCUCCAGCCAACAGAACCGCCCGGUGAGGCGGCCUUGCACUGAGCUGCUGAAAUAUCUAACAGCCACCGAUGACAUCCUUCUCCACACCAAAGCCAGUGAAGCCAAGAGCGCCUGGGGGGGCACCAGCACCAGGGACAAGAGUGGCUUGGGUCUCGGUGCCUCCUCCUCCUCUUCUUCACCCUCCUCGUCGUCCACCUCCUCGUUCUCCUCCCUUUCCUCUACCUCUUCCUCCUCCUCCUCUACCACCUCCAAGAAGAAGUCAGCCGUGCCAUCUCAGCAGCAACAGCAGCAGCAGCCGCCGCCGCCGCCGCCGCAGCAUCACCAGCGAGCCAAACCAACCACCUUGCCACUUCCUUUGACCCCAGAGUCUCCAAAUGACCACAAGGGAUCACCGUUUGAGAACAAAACCAUUGAACGCACAUUAAGCGUGGAGAUUGCUGGAACCCCAGGUCUGACACCACCUACCACGCCCCCACACAAAGCCAGUCAAGAGAAUCCUUUCAAAGCAUCUCUCAAAACCAAGUUGUCUUCAUGUUCCUCCUCGGCCUUGACAUGCAAAAGAGCCAGGCUGAGUGAGUCGGGCCCCAGCGCUCUGGCCCCGGCCCAGGUGCCAGGCGGGGGCCCCACCAGGAAGGGUCCCGAACAGACUGAGCUUUACGCCCAGCUGAGCAAAGCGUCCACCGCCCUCCCUUACUCCGUCGCUCAACACGCAGUGGGGGGCGGCCUUGAAGAGCAUCGCAGCGCCGGCGGCAACAAGCGCGCCACGCCCCGCGGCUACAGCGACCACGACUAUUGCCAGGCCUCAGCUAGCAAUAAGAAGGACGGGGGCACGGCCACUGUUACCAUGACUACAGCUGUGGAAAUGACAUUCACCUCAGGUGCCACCGCUGCUCCCAUGCCUACUGCAGGCAAAGCGGAGAAAAGGCAUGUCGAAUGUAAGGACUCAGCCAUGCCGCCAUCCUCUUCGUCAUCUUCUCGUUCUCCGUCGUCAGCCUCACCUGGUCCUUUGGCUAAGCAGGAGAAGUUUGCCCCUGUGGAUGAAGAAGCAGACCGGGUAAAGGGGCUCGGAGAGCACGCCCUCACACACACCACUCGCAUCCCUCCACAAGAAUCCAUCACUGACAGGGACCAACAACAUCCAUCUGCCACCAGCCGGAAGCUCCUGUGCGACCAGGAAAUCAGAGAAGAACUCAAUAAGCACUUUGGCCAUCCGUUAAAAGCCCUCUAUACCAAGGGUGGCCAAGAGCGAGAACCAUGCAGCAAACCGAGCAAAGCCACCGCCCCUCAGUCCCUCGAGGGCGGAGAGGACGACUCCCAGAGGCUGCCCGGCUCCAGCUACCUUCACCCCGGGUUCCUGCCCUUCCACGGCGAGCUCGAGCUGGACGAAGGCCGCGAGAGUCGUUUCCUCUACCCGUGGGAGGGAACCCCUCUGGACCUACUUUUUGACUGCACCCCCUGCUCUCCCUCCUGCUCCCCCCCAUCCAGCUGCUCCCCUUCACGAGGCUCCGUCUCCCCACCCUCCUCCCUCCUCCUGUCACCCAGCAGGCCCUUCUGCUGGACCAGCAGCGGGUCCCGCUCCCGUUCUCGUUCCCACUCUGGGUCCCGCAGCUCCUCUUCACGAUAUCGGAGGCGUUCUCUCUCCAGCUCACCUGACAGACGCCCCUCCUCCUGGUCUCGUCAGAACAUGGAUCCCAGUGCUUUUCGUACCAGAACUCACAAGAGCCCCCACCCUCCGCCUCGAUCUCCUCUCAGCCGCAGGCCAAGGUAUGACAGCUAUGAGGAGUACCAGCACGAGAGGCUGAAGAGGGAGGAAUACCGCCGGGACUACGAGAAGCGGGAGUUCGAAAGGGCCGAGCAGAGAGAGCGGCAAAAGCAAAAAGCGAUAGAGGAGAGACGGGUGGUGUAUGUGGGGCGGCUGAGGUCCGACUGCACCCGGACGGAGUUGAAGCGCCGCUUUGAAGUCUUCGGCGAGAUCGAAGAAUGUGCAGUGAACCUGAGGGACGACGGGGACAAUUUUGGCUUCAUCACGUACCGCUACACUUGUGACGCCUUCGCCGCCCUUGAGAACGGACACACCUUACGCAGGUCAAACGAGCCCCAGUUCGAGCUGUGCUUCGGCGGACAAAAGCAGUUCUGCAAAUCACAUUACACAGACUUGGACUCUCACUCGGACGACUUUGACCCGGCCUCCACCAAAAGCAAGUAUGACUCCUUGGAUUUUGACAGCUUGCUGAGGGAGGCCCAGCGCAGCCUGAGAAGGUAACCAGUUCGGUGGCGCCCCGCAGUUCUGCCGCAAAGAGGGACUUCUGAUACCUCACUGUUGUUUCUCGCCCCUUUGACGACGAGACUACCACAAGUUUUACACUCUGUCAUAGAGUAUAUAAGAUUAAGUCUAUAGACCUAUAUCAAUAUAAAUGAAUAUAUCAAAAAUGAAGUUUACAUGAACAUAGCUGCUGAAGAGCUGGGAAAGAGACAAUGCAUUCUGGGAAAGCCAGUGAACCCUCAGAAUCUGGUGCACAAGUUUGGUGCACCUCUACUACUGCUGUACAACCAUCAGUGAAGGAAGAAGACAAAAAAAAAGAACUUUCAUGAUUUUUUUUUUUUUUUGGGUCUCCAAGCACUACAAUGCCCACAAGUCUUUGGGGCUGAAAACAUGCAGCUUGUUCAGCCAGAUGUUUUGUUUUGUUUUGUUUUUUUUUUUCCUUUUUGCUGUUGAUUUUCUCUCUUCUUUCUUUGAAAUCUGGUGUUUGGAUCUGGUGUUACAUUACAAACAUAAGUAUAUCGGGAAUUGUAUCUUGAAGAUAAAAUUCUCAAGGUAACAUCAUUGUCUACAUUUUAGGAAGAAAUGUAGCCGUGUAUUUACAAAUACUAUAAAAAGGAAUAUUUUUAUUUUAUGUACAUAUCGAAGUUCUUUAUUUGUUACAGCUAUGCACUGUAAAACGCAGCCUUUUUUAAAAUGCGAAGAAAAAUUUCUUAAUUCAGAAUGUCGAUCUGUAGUAAUUACAAUACUGUAAAGCAUAUUGUACACCUACAUGAUGUUUAGAAGACAUGACAUGAUUGUAAAAAAGGAAAAAAAAAAAGAUGUGUCUGAUUGCUCAUUUUGAGGGAGCAUGUGAACAAAUGUCUUUUUUUAAGUUAUUUUAAGGGGCGGGGAGGGGAAGGCAGUAAACCAUGUAUAGUUUUCUCGGUUUCUAAAGUUUCUCAAUCAGUGUUUUUGCUUAUACAACCAGUGUAAAAUGCAUUUUUAACGUGUUUUUCAUGAUUGUAAAAAAGUGACCCCAUUUUUUAUUAAUUAUUUCUGAAGCAAUCAGUACAUAUAUAUA